AUGCCUGGUCAAAGACAGUUCACCUUCCAGACCAUCUUCACCGGCCUCUUCGUCUUCGGCGUCCUAACCUUUCUCUACCACAACCUCGACCAAGUCCCAACCUCGUACAAGAUGGCCAGUCAAGAUAACGAAGUCCUCUCACAGCUGCAAGUUUCGCUUAGCCAGGCGUCCAAGUCCCCACCAACGGUCUCGGUCAAGGUUACCAACAAGUCCCCUUCACCCGUCACAAUCCUCUCGUGGGAGUCACCACUGGACGAGCUCGCCCUUUCCCUUGGCCUGUUCAGCAUAACGCCUUCGGGUGCUUCCGAGCCCUUGGAGAUAGACCGCAUUAUGGUCUCCCGCAAGACGCCGCCCAGCGACGACUCGCUCAUUAGCCUGGCUCCCGGGGAGAGCCGGGAGAACCAGGUGGUGCUCAAGGAGAUACUGGUGCCGGCCGAAAAGCUGAAGGGCAAGAAGUCGACGGUCGCGGUCAAGGGGCGUUGGAUGGGGGUUUGGCCACAGCCGAGGGGUGAGCUGAGCAACGAUGCGAUCGAGAAGGGGGCGCACGGCGGUGGUGCGGUAGCUGGGACAUUUGCCUCGGACAGCAUCGAGAUCGAGGUCGAUUGA